UUCCUGGACUGCAGCACUCACCUGCUGGUUUCAAAGAAUCAUUGGGCAAAAAACUGUCUCCUGGAAGACAGCUGAAUACCAAAAUCAAUUCGCCCAAAAAGCCAAGAGAUGAAUUUGCCAAUAUGACAAGUGAGAAUGUGCAGUUUUACAAGUUGAAUGGAUCUGGAGACAUUUAUUUAUACUCUGCUUUUUUCGAUCCUCGCAAACAAAGCCAACAUUGUGUCCGCAUACUAGGUAUGUGGCCAAAUGCAAGGAAAGCAAAAUGGGCUGCACCAAGUGUACCGCCCACUUUGUACUGCAGGUUUUCAAAACCUCACAACAAACCUAAACUUGUAAAAGGUGCUAUCUAUGAAUUCAAUGAACAUCAUAAUGCUAGGUUUUCUGGGUUCAUAUUGACAUGUAAUGUCAGUUCACAUCCAGAGAAUGUAACAGUUUUGCGAUCCAGCCAUAUUGAGGAUGAUGAGGGUGUGCAGUUGUCUGUGAUCCCCUUGGUCCCCCAUCUGAACCCCUCUGUCAACAUGACCCUGUGUAUCCCACCUCUUUUUGGUGCAGUAAAACCAGAAAGGCUGGUGGAAUUCAUAGAACUAAACCUGAUCCUUGGGGCUCAGAAAUUUGACUUUUACAUCUAUGAGGGUCAGGAUAUGGAUGAAAAAGGAAAAAAUAUUUCAGCAGAGACUUUAAGAGUUCUUAAAUACUACAGCAAGAAGAAGAUUGCCAGACUUCAUUACUGGUUUUUUCCAUUGAAGAGCAGAAGUAUGUGGUACUUUGGACAAGUAGCAUCUUUACAUGACUGUCUCUAUAAAAACAUAGGCAGAACAAAAUAUCUUUCCUUUCAUGAUAUUGAUGAGUUUGUCAUACCUAUUCAGAAAAACAUGUCAACUUUGCAAGAAAUGAUGGCAAAAAUUGACGAUGGCAAACACUGCGGCUACCAAAUUAAAAUGACUUACAUGCAAGUGCCAAAAAAUAAAGAGCCUCUUCUUUCAUCUGAAAAAAGAACAGCAGAUGUAAGCAGUGUGCGAACCAAAUGCAUUGUGAGACCAGAGAGGAUAUUUGAGAUGGGAAUCCACCACAUUAGUAAACAAAAUGAAGAACGUUUCACAUCUGUCAUGGUUCCUGGAGUUGUGGCCCUGGUGUACCACUACAGAACAUGCAGUCCUAAAUACAAGUUUAACUGUAGAGUGUUCAGUAAAGAAAGUGUUUUGGAGAAAUAUAGGCAGAAAUGGUUCGAUAACACAAAUGCUGUUUUAAGUGAACUUGGGUUGCGGAGAUAUUUUCUCAUUGAAUAACAAC